AUGAAGCGGAGCUCAGCGCUCGGAUGGCUGCUCUUCUGGACUUUAUUUCCAGCGGGAUUAUUAUUACUAAACCGGGAGAAACCGAAACACUGCAGCAAGGAAGAGACGAGAGAGCUGAACUCGUUCCUGUGGACGGUAAAGCGUCCUCCCCCUCAGCCGCCCUCCUACCUGUUCGGUACGAUCCAUGUGCCGUACACACGCGUGUGGGACUUUGUGCCUGAGAGCUCGAAGCGUGCAUUUCAGAGCAGCACGAGCGUGUUCUUCGAGCUCGACCUCACCGACCCUGUGACCGUGUCCAAGCUGGCCAACUGUCAGCUCUUACCUAACGGCGAGAGCCUGAGGAGUCUGCUGCCUCGGGACAUCUACCUCCGACUGAAGCGCCACCUGGACUACGUGAGGCACAUGAUGCCGGCGUGGGUGAAGGCCGAGCAGCGCUUCUACGCCGACUACCUGUUCAAGGCCAUCGCGGGAGACUGGGAGCGCAAACGGCCUGUCUGGGUGAUGCUGAUGGUGAACUCGCUAACGGAGUGGGACGUGAGGUGGCGUGGAGCGCCUGUUCUCGACCUGUUCCUCGCCCGCGAGGCUGAGCGCAUGGGCAAGAAGACUGGAGCCGUGGAGAACGUUGAGGAGCAGUGUCAUCCGCUGAACGGGCUCAGCUUUUCCCAGGUUCUGUUUGCGCUGAAUCAGACGCUGCGGCAGCAUGAAGGUGUGCGUGAGGGAAGUGUUCAGGGUCCCUUCAGCACCGAGGACCUCAUCACACACUACAACUGUGGAGACCUCAGCUCCAUCAUCUUCAACCACGACACCUCACAGCUCCCACACUUCCUGAACAGUUCUCUGCUGGAUCACGAGCGCUCCACGGCGCAGCAGAUCGACAGCUACCUUCGCCAGGAGCUCAUCUACAAGCGCAACGAGCGAAUGGCGCGCCGCGUCUCCGCCCUCCUUCGGAGGAGCCCCUCCCAGACCUUCUUCUUCGCCUUCGGCGCUGGUCACUUCCUGGGCAACCACAGUGUCCUAGACAUCCUGCGGCAGGAGGGCUAUGAGGUGGAGCACACAUCGGCCCAGGAGCCUGCUACAACGAGCUGGCCAGGGAUGGAAGGUACCACCGUGACACAGAGCGGGGGAGGUCCUGAUCCGGUGACCGAGGGGACGUCAGAACCUCCUGAGGUAGAAGAGGAGCUGCCCCACCUGCUGGAGCCGGACAGUUUGAGUCAGCUGGAGGAGUUUGGGAGGCACCAGCGCCCCCGUAAGGCCCAGAGGCCUCACAGCAGGGAGCGGCUCUUCAGCGACCUGUGGGUGCGAAUCGGAUACAGCACGACUUCACUCCCGGAUAUACGGGAAACCAACGACGACGUGACGACCAGAACUUCUCUAAAGCUGCAGAAAGAUCAACAGAGGAGAAGAUCGUCACUCAGUCAUCGACAGGAGACUCCGCCCCCCAGCUCAACGGGCGUAGCCACGCCCACUCCUGGCUACACGCUGCCUUUUAUGCUCACGUGCCUUCUUAUACAAGUGCUGCUGCUGCUGCGCUUCACGUCUUGACCACAAGAGGGAGCCAGUAAACACACAAUUCACACAUAAAAAUCAUUAGAAACGAUAUAGACGAUUGUUUUUGUAGUAAUAUCGGGUGCAAUUAGCUAUAUAAAACAACAAUAACAACAACAAGCUGGACACAAAGUAAAGCCUGAUUCGAAAUGAAGUACACGUGGACGUCACGUCACGCCACGCACUUGAAGUGAUCGGAUCGGACGAUUCUCACAUGGAAUAAAAUACACCAGUUCCCAAACAUGACCACAGACCAAAGCUGAGUCUACUCGUCGUUAAUACGCUUUAUACUUAAAUACACUUCACAAACAUUAGUGAGAUUUCCCGUGAAUUAAACUGAUCUAAAUCCAACAAUUUAUUAAUCGUAGUGCCUCAAAUGAAACCAAUCCAGCUCUUCUAGUGCCUUAAAGUUUAGUUUAGGUGAAAUGCUGCUCAAUAAGGACAUAAACAUAUCACCAUCCUCUGAAAAAAACAACAAUAUGACAAAGUUCCAUCACCAGCCUCUCUCCAAACGAAUACGAAUACGACUACAAACAAACAAACAAACAAACAAAAAAGCAUUUUUGUCAUGUUACAGAGAAAACCGCGAACUGUAAAUACCUCUUCAUCCUGAAGAUGUCAAUAAACAUUACAGCUUUACCUCGGACUGUCACAAAGCUCUGACACUGGAGACUCCUUCCGUACGUGUUAAAUAAACGUCUCCUUAGGGAAAACUUCACCGUAUCAACAAUCA